AUGAUGUCUUAUAAAAGUGGACUAUUUCUCAUGAUCGGUGUUCUACUGCCACUCCACACGGUGGCGGUCGAUUCUCGCGAUCUGUACAGCUAUAUGAACGAGGCCGUUGAAGUGUUACCGCGUGGUGACGAAGAGUUCCGGUACAUGGAUUUGGGAAUGCCAAUCUUCUUCUACAACGAGAAAUAUGAUCGUGUUUACAUCAACACCAACGGCAUACUGUCCUUCGGGGGGGAGAUGGUCGGUUUCCUGAAUUUACCCUUCCCCCUCGGUAACCCUGCGAUCGCCCCGUUCUACUCGAACGUCGACACAACGCUCCCGAACGAUACGGCCACGAUCGUGUUCUUUAAGUCGCGCGAUCCGAAUCUGCUCGAGAAGACGGCCCGCCUGGUGCGGGAGAACUUUGCCAACCAGCACGACUUCCAGGCGCAGCAGGUGUUUGUGGCCACCUGGGAACACGUGGGACACUUCAACAUGAAGAAUGAUGUGCAAAAUUCCUUCCAAGUGGCGAUCGUUCAGGGUGCGCAGGCUACGUUCGUGCAGUUCCUGUACCCCGAGAAUGGCAUCAACUGGAUUCAGGGCGAAACCGGCGACACGGGGCUACCGGAUGUGCGUGCCCAGGCUGGCUUCACCGGGGAUGAUGAUGUUACCUUCUCGCUGCCAGGAUCGGGAACGGAUAAUGUGCGUCACUUGAGCAUAUCGAGCAACAUCAAUCAACCCGGCCUAUGGUUGUACCGUGUGGGACCAUUGGCGCAGCAGGAGAAUGUGGAACAACCGCGUCACAAGCUGGAUCAGCAGUCCAGUGAACCGAGAAGCUGUGCGGAUGGCGGUCGCUACAAGUGCCAUUCGGCGGCAACGUGUGUCAACAGCAAUUGGGGAUAUUGCUGUCAGUGCAAGGCGGGAUACUACGGAAACGGAUUUAGUUGCGUUAAGAACGAUGUCCCUCUGCGAGUCGCCGGAAAGGUGGGGGGAACCGUGAACGGUGAGCCCGUCGAUACACAGCUGCAAUCGUACAUCGUGAUGGCUGACGGGCGCACGUACACCGCCAUUAGCCCACUGGAGGAACAGCUGGGAACGGAGCUGCAGUUGGCGCAAACCGUCGGCGGAACGAUCGCUUGGCUGUUUGCGAAGCCACUCGGUGACACGAUCAACGGAUACCAGCUAACCGGUGGGAAGUUUAAUCACACCAGCACACUGCAGUUCGAAUCCGGCGAAAUGUUCUAUAUCACGCAACGAUACAGCGGGCUCAACGUUUGGGAUCAGCUGGCGCUUGAGGUGGAGAUGUCCGGCACGCUACCGAAGGUGCCGGCGCUUGAGAAGCUCCAGCUGGACGACUACACCGUUGGCUUGCGCGUAUCGGGUACCGGGCGGCUGCAGGCUUCCAGUACGCACAGUUUCCGUGUGGCUUCGGAGGGAAGGAACAUUAGCUGCACUCUGUACCAGGACAUCUCGUACGACGUGUGCCGCGGGAAUGAGGAAGCCAACGCACGCCGGGAGCAGGGAACGCUGAAGAUCACCCGUGUCAAUCUAGGCUACGAACCGCGCGAGAAAGCCGUCCGUAUAGGCAUGUUGAGCAAGACGGUCGUCGGCGAUCAGUUUAAUCCAUGCGAUGAGGCAAACUGUGGUGAUAAUACGGUUUGCGUGCCGAAACCCGACGACACCUACGAUUGCAACUGCAAGAAUGGUUUCACGUAUGUGCAUUACGGCAAGACUGAGCGUGUGCACUGCGUGGACAUCGAUGAAUGUUCCGGCACCAAUAUUUGCGACGAGAACGCCCAGUGCUAUAACGAACCCGGCGGCUACAGCUGUCGCUGCAAUGCCGGUUUCGAAGGAAACGGCUACCAGUGCGAUAGAGUUAGUGCUACCGACGCCGGAGAACCAACCUCGUCCUCGUACACCGUCUCCACACCGGCAAGCCGCGACAACGAGGUGGAAACCUAUAACGAACGCUACUACUGCGAUCGUUGUGCGGAGUUUGCCGAUUGCGUCGAAGGCCAGUGUCAGUGUCGUUCAGGAUACGUCGGCGAUGCCACCACAUACUGUCAGGCGCUGUGCGAUGCGGAAAGCGUCUGGAAUGGAGAAUCUUGCGUAAAACAGCUCUACGCUGAGGAAGAAGAAAUUGCUCCAUUCUGUACCAUCCUCGGCUGCACCUGUCCCACCGGAUACACCUUGAUUGAGUACGCGUUCAAUCAAAUUUGUCGUCGUGUCGCGAUUGACCCAGAGGAGGCACCCCAUCCGGAUCUGCCACCGUGCGAUGUGGAAAACAACUGCAGCCCGAACGCGAACUGUGAGUGGCGUGACAAUGUGUACGCCUACGAGUGCAUCUGCAAUCCGGGCUUCGAUGGCAAUGGCUAUACGUGCGUGGAGAAGGAAGUAUCCUGUCUGGACGACGAAGAUAUUUGCGACAUUCAUGCGUCCUGUAAUUAUAUCCUUAACCUUAAGAUGUCCAUCUGCGUCUGCAACAAGGGCUACGAAGGGGACGGUCGGACGUGUCACUUGGCGCCCGAGUGUUCGGUGCACGACGACUGCGGUAUGAACUCGGAGUGUCAGGACGGGCUCUGCGUGUGCCAGGAGGGCUACGAACGAGAUCUAUCCGAUUUUUGCGUCCGUGCAGGAUCGUGCGGAGGAGCGUACUGCGCCGAAAAUGCCGUUUGUCGUCUAGACGGCGUGCAGAAGAUUCCCUACUGCCACUGCCCGGCAGGAUUCAUCGGUGAUGGCGUGUCGCAGUGCAAAUCCGUCCCACCACCGUGCAACGUGCGCAAUAACUGUGGUUUACACGCAACGUGCGCUCCAAGUUACAGAGAUUCGUCAGUUUUUCAGUGUGUUUGCAACUCCGGUUUCUUCGGUGACGGAUUCGUUUGCACACCAGAGCGUAAUUGCGUCAACAUUCCGAGCCUGUGCGAUCCUAAUGCACGUUGUGACUCGACGACCAGUGGCUACCAGUGCAUCUGCAGAGAUGGCUUCAUUGGCAACGGAACCGUGUGCAAUACCGCUCAUCGGCUCGACGAUGGCUUUCUGCUUAUCAGUCAGGGUGUUGCCAACAUUCGCGUACCAUUGAACGGAGGGCUAGGUUUCCCAGUAACCAUGGCGUUCAUGUCAAUCGGGCUCGAUCGGGACUGCGUUGAAGGACGAAUCUACUGGAGCGAUAUUGCGGCACAACAAAUUCUGAGCGCGAAGUACGAUGGCACGGAUCAAAAGCCAUUCAUUACCAAGGACAUCAUUUCGCCAGAAGGGGUGGCAGUUGACUGGAUUUCCCGUCGUCUGUACUGGGCCGACUCGGAGAAGGACACCAUCGAGGUGGCCAGCCUGGAGAACCCCGAAGUUCGUACGGUUCUGAUCAACAAAUAUCUCGUUAACCCGCGCGGAAUCGCCAUUGAUCCGCAUCAAAGCAAGCUGUACUGGUCAGACUGGAAUCGUGAGGCACCAAAGAUCGAGUGGGCUAAUCUCGAUGGAACGGAGCGCCAGCUCUUGGUCGGUAGUCCACAGGUUGCCCUUCCAAACAGCAUCCAGGUUUCCAUGGCCAGUGGAGAGCUCUGUUUUGCGGACGCCGGAACGAAGAAGAUCGAGUGUGUUGAUACCUAUAGUAAGAGAAUUCGAACGAUCGCUAGUAAUCUUACCUAUCCGUUUGGAUUGGCCGUUACUGAUGAUCUAUUCUAUUGGACCGAUUGGAUCACGAAGAAGAUCGAAAGCAUUGACCAGUACGGUGUGCGACAGAAGGCCAUCAACUCGCCUGUGUUUGGAAACCAUAAAAUGUACGGAAUGACGGCCGUAACCGACAAGUGUCCCCUAUUCCACAGCCCUUGCGUCAUAAACAAUGGCGAGUGCCCGGAGAACACAAUUUGCUUAAUCAAUCCACGUGCCCCAUCGGGCAGAAGUUGCAAAUGUACUCGUAAUUGUAACGACAUUAUAUUAGACUACUGA